CAAGCAAAACUUCGCCUUGUAAGACAGCAACCUAAAAUCUUUCCAAAACCGAACAGAGUUACUAAAGAACCCCCUAAACUGCCAAUUCAAGAAGAGCUACAUAUAGAAAAACCCCAACAAGAUUAUGUCUACCAAAGAAAAAGAGAUCCGCAAAUUUCGGCUUCAGCAGUUGAAAAGGACUGCUUCUUCUCAUGUUCAAUGAAGGCUCUUCAACCAGUAUGCGGAAGUGACGACAGAACAUACCUCAAUCCUUGCAUAUUGAAGCUUCAAGCCUGCCAAUCAAAGGCGAUCAAUGACUUGCACAUCAUUCACUGGGGAUAUUGCCCUUCCAAACCUCCAGGAUCAGCUCUGAUGAUUUCUAAAUCCGAACCUCGUGGAACAGUGUGCACUUGUGAUCACUACAGGUGCUCAGAGAAGUGGUACAAGGAGCCCGUAUGUGGAGAGGACGGAGUCACAUACCCUGGAGAAUGCUUCCUAAAUCUGGCCGCCUGCAUACAACAGUCUCCCAAACGUAUUCUCCACAGCGGUCCAUGUAAAUCAUCCAAUAAAGAGGAUGCCUUUUUCCGAGUUCGAUUUCCAAAAAAAUUUAAGAAUCCGUGCGCGGGAUAUAUAUGCCCCUUUAACGCGUGGUGCAUCCCGUCACAGACUUAUAGGAAUCCUAAUUGCAUUUGUUAUUCUGAGUGUUAUGAUGUUGGCGACUCAGACGAUUCAGGUCCUGUGUGUGGAUCAAAUGGGAUGAACUAUGCGAGUUUGUGUCAUCUUAAGCGAGAGGCGUGCUCACUCAUGACCAACAUCGAGUUGAAGUACUGGGGGCGAUGUGACCCCUGUGAUUCAAUUAACUGUCCUGUGGGGACGAUUUGUCGAUUGGAUGCUAAGAGGAACCCAUUCUGUCAUUGUGGAAUUGAGGAUUGCGAAGCGUUGGAUAGCAAACCUGUCUGUGCAAAUGAUGGGAGAACUUAUUCCAGUAUUUGUUUGAUGAGACAGCAGGCUUGUAUCGGGAACCACCAACUUCAAGUCCUUUUUGAUGACAUCUGUGCUGCUGACGUAAACCCAUGUCUCGAGCAGAGCUGUCAAUGGCCAGGUGCAGAGUGUCGUGUAGAUAUCCAAGGCCGGAAGACAUGCGUGUGUCCAGAGAACUGUCCAGCCAUUGUCGUUCCCGUCUGCGGAUCUGACGGUGUCACUUACGACAGCGUCUGCCAUCUACUUCGUACUGCCUGUCAAACUAAGAGCCACAUCUGGGUGGUAUACGCUGGUCCAUGCUCCACCAAUGGAAACGUCUGUGAUCGCCAUGGCAUUUACUGCCACAGAUAUGAGAUUUGCAGUCCAGAUGAAUCUGCUCAAAUGAAUCAGGGUACCUCUCUUUCUUACACCACUCCGGCUUACAAGUGCUCCUGUCCUUCUUGUCCCGAAAGCGGUCUGGGAGGCAAAGAAAAUAUGCCCGUUUGUGGAUCUGACGGUAGAACAUAUGACAAUGAGUGCCUACUGAAAGUCUAUGCUUGUUCAAUUCAAAAGGAUAUAAGAGUGAUCGACAAUAAGCCUUGUGCUACAUGCUCUAAGGCCUGCCCACUGGGAAUGGAAUGUAAAGGAGGACAAUGCGUUUGCCGAGAAAACUGCCCCAAACGCGGUCUGUUCGGAGAAGUCUGUGGAACCGAUGGACGUCUCUACCCAAGUUUUUGCGAGCUUCGACGUCAGGCUUGCAUUAAUAAAGUCACUGUCAAAGUGGAUGGAUCUGGAAUAGCUUGUCGAAGACCUACAUUCCUCGCAAAUGUAACAAAGAGAAGUGAUUUCCAAGCAGAUCAAGUGAGAGAAAACGGGUGUGGAUGUGAUCCGAUCGGAUCUCGGGACCAAUUCUGUGACAGCAGGGGACGCUGCCGAUGUCACUGGGGUGUUGAAGGCGACAAAUGCGAUCGAUGUGCCGCCGGGUACUGGGGCAUUUCAAACAAUCAGCCCUGUGUCAGUCCUGACCUCGCUACUAUCUCACGGUUGCCUAAUGACCUGAUCGUCUUGACAGUUAUCUAA